UUGAAAUACUAGUUCACUUUCACUCCUGUGAUCAUUCGGUCGUUCUAUUGACAUUAACAUGCUACUCUUGAAGCAUCCGAAAACCGGCCAAAGUCUGGAGAUCAAUGAGUUUUGGCUCCGCGAUCAUUGUCGCUGUGGGGAGUGCCUAAAUUUGGAUACAAAUCAAAGGCGAUACGAUCUUUUAGAUCUGCCAGCUGAUGUGAAAUCGUUGGAGGUAAAGUGCGAAGGGAUAAGACUACAAGUGCAAUGGAGUGACGGUCACCAGUCCAGCUAUGACCUGGACUUUAUCUUCGAUUCCCAGCUGGAGCGGUUGAUAAGCCGGCGAUCAAAGUCCACUAAUCUGACGCCCUGGAAUCGUUGUAUUAUUUUGCAGAAUGAACGGCACUUGAGAUUCUCUUUGCCCCAGCUCGUUUCCAGUGAUGAGGUGGUCAGAUCUUUGGUUGAAUCUCUGGUUCGCUAUGGCAUUGUUUUCAUCGAUGAUGUGCCGCCCACUCCAAACAUGACCGAACUGGCUCUGCGUCGGGUUUUUCCCUUGAUGAAAACAUUCUUUGGUGAAAUGUGGACUUUUAGCGACAAGCCCGAUCACGCGGACACCGCUUACACCAAACUUUAUCUGGGUUCCCAUACGGAUAAUACGUAUUUCUGCGAUGCAGCUGGACUGCAGGCCCUGCAUUGCAUCGAACACUCGGGUUCGGGCGGUGAAAAUUUCUUUGUGGAUGGUCUGCAUGUGGUGCACGAACUGAAGCGUCGCUUUCCCUCCGCCUAUGAUGUGUUGUGCAGGAUCCAGGUUCCCGGGGAGUACGUAGAAAAAGGGGAGCACCAUCGCCACACGGCCCCCAUUAUCCGGAUGGAUCCCCUGACUGGGGAAUUCGUUCAACUCAGGCUCAAUGUCUACGAUCGGGCUGUGUUCGAUACAAUUCCACAGCCGCAGAUGGCCGAGUUCUAUGACAGUCUGCGGAAACUUCUGCAGAUUGUUAGGGACGAAGAGCAGCAGUGGAGUCUGAAGCUCUGUCCCGGCAGCAUUGUGCUCUUCGACAACUGGCGGGUACUCCAUGGUCGCCAGGCUUAUACAGGAAGUCGCACUAUGUCCGGUUCUUACGUGCAGCGAACUGACUUUUUAAGCAAGGCUCGAGUGCUGGGAAUUAUAGAGUAAACCAGUUUUUGAUAAAUAAAUCACUUUGAUUGC